CGCGUGUUAACAUUAAUGUUCCGUGAACGCGCCUACACUUGCCGGCGCAGAGCGAGAUGCGCAUGUUGGGAAAAAAAAUCCACUCACCGGUUUUGCUCUCGUAUCUCUUACACAGAGGAGAGCUCCAUCCCUCGGCUUGGAUCAUCAGCUGUAAGUGCGCGAAAUCCGUCGUGCGCAUCCCUACAAGUCCUCCCACCAGCAUCAGCCUAUUUAUACGGCAUACACACACACAAGCCGCGGCGGGUCGUGAUCGCAGGACGCGAAGGGGAGGAAAGAAGAGACACAAUCCACUACGCGUGGCCCAGGCUCCAGCCAUGCCUCUUCUGGAAGAGACCACUCAACACCCACAAGAGCACCCACCUACUGUUCCUGUCAUCAUCAUAGGUAAUGGACCAUCUGGUAUUUGUCUGUCAUACCUGCUAAGUGGCAACAAGCCCUACCUAGACACGGCAACGGUCCACCCAAACCCAAUACUAUAUAGAAAACUACAGGAGACCAAACACCUACCAAUCACUGAGCAGGAUCUGGAAUAUUUGAGUGAAGGUCUUGAGGGAAGGUCCGGGAACCCCGUUGCCGUGCUGUUUGACACGUUACUCCACCCGAACGCUGACUUUGGUUACGAGUACCCACCUGUGCUUCAGUGGAGGAGGGACAAGCAGCAACACAUCCCACAUCUCGUCUUAGGGAAGGCGACGCCCGGAGGAGCCUGGCAUGCAAUGGAAGGCUCCAUGCUCACAAUAAGUCUCGGCAUAUGGAUGGAGCUCCCUGGCGUCAACUACAGGGACUUGAUCAGUGAAAAACGAAGGGAUGUCACAAGUGACAGGGCCACCCCUGAGGAGAUCUCAUCCUAUUACCGAAACUAUGUGACGUUACAAGGCCUCCAAAAUAAUUUUGUUGACAACACCUACGUGACAUCAGUCCAAAGACUCUGCCGGCCACACAAGAUGGAAGGUCUGGAAAAGCUUGGAGGUGAAAGAGCGGAUGAUCAGGAUGAAAGCUUUGAGGGAAAUGGCGAUGGAGGAUUGGGGUCUCUCUGGGAAGUACGGGGAUACCAGCAGGUGCAGAACAACACCCAUGUCCCCUUUUCUCUAUUUGCUGAGAAUGUAGUUCUGGCCACAGGUGCAUCUGAUUCGCCAGUUCGAUUAAAUGUGGAAGGGGAGGACCUACCCUUUGUGUUCCACAGCAUCUCAGACCUGGGCUUGGCUUUAAACCUGCGGAAGCUAGAUACAAACUCAGAUCCGGUAUUAAUAAUGGGCGCCGGUUUAAGCGCCGCAGAUGCAGUUCUGUGCGCUUGCAACAGCAACAUCAGAGUGCUGCACGUCUUCAGGAAAAGCGUAGACGACUCUGACCUCAUCUUCAAACAGCUACCCAAGACUUUGUACCCAGAGUACCACAAAGUCUACAACAUGAUGUGCUCUCAGACCUACACAAACGUGGCACCCUCGUCUGGUCAAAAUCAGACGAUGAGUAUUGCUUCUUCGGUCUGUGCCAAGAUGUGUCCCAAGACACAGUUAGCCGCAACUAACAUGACCGCUAAUGCCAGCCUUUUUCCAGACUACACAAGUUUCCCCGGACACUGUGUGGUGUCCUUCCAGUCGGAAAUGAAGUGUCUGCUGCAGGGGAACAAUUCCCUGAAGGCCUUUAAGAUAUCCAUGGCUCUGGUGUUGAUUGGAACAAACCCCAAUUUGUUUUUCUUGAAGGGCCAGGGCCAGUAUCUGGCUCAUGAUCCCACAAAGCCCAUCUCCUGCAAGCAGAACCCCAUCGACAUCCACCCCUACACCUUUGAGUGCACCAAGGAGCCCAGUCUGUUUGCCAUGGGCCCGUUGGUGGGAGACAACUUUGUUCGCUUUUUGAAGGGCGGCGCUUUAGGCAUCGCCUCCUGCCUUCUGAAGAAACUCAAAAAGAAAGGGAAGCUCAUCGGCAAUGGAGGGAAUACCUUUAUUUGAAAGAAUGAUACAUUGGCCUUUUUACAACCAAAAAAAGAACUAACUUUUAGAGAACUGGUCUAGUGUGUUUGACUUUCCAGAAAUCUAAGCUACUAUGUGCCAACAUUUUCUACAUGUCCAUUCUUCAUGGAACCUCACAACUGAGUGAAUGCGACCAUGUUUUUAUUUUAUCAGGUAAUUUCAUCGUUCUGCGCAUGUCUUUGAAUCCAUCUAAAAUAUAAUCCAUAUAUCCAUAAUCCAUAUAAGCUAUAAUGUAGUGAACUCAUGAACAUUUUCAUGUCCCAAAAAAACCAAGAAGAAACUACCGAUGUAAAUGUUCCUUAUGACUCUGAGCCAAUCAGUUAUUUUGCUUUUUUAUUUUUUAUUUUUAUUUUUUUAGUUGUAGAUGCUUCCUCAUUUAAGGUUGAAAAAUAUUCCAUUUAUAUCUAUUUAUAUCUACUUCUUUAGUCAGAGUGCAACCGAGAAGCUUUCUAUGCAAAACAUUUCACGAGCAAGUUUAAAUGUACUGAAUGGGCAACAUUAUUAGUGACUUUCAACUACUCUAAGUGUAGAUUUGCAUCUUUUAGUGACCUGAAUUUUGGUCAUUUAAAAGAAUUCUAGUGACUUAAAUAUAUUUUUGUACUAAGCAAAUAACUACCGAGCCACACUGACGGGGAAAAAAAUGAUUCAGGUUUCUAAUAUUACAACUUUAUUACGGGGAAAAUACAAUACAAAUUCUAAAAAAAAUAUUGCAAUUUCAUCUUUGGAAAAUAAAACCUUUCUUGUAGUAUUACAACUCUAUUUCAAAGAUUCAAAGAUUUAGUUUUUACUAAAUUACAACUUUUUUUGUGCAGCAUUAUGACUUUUUUUUCCCUCCAAAUUUACUUUAUUGUUAUAAAAUUACGGUCAUAAAAUUACACGUUUUUCCCCGUGUACAAUGGCAAAGUUUUUCCUCGCAAAUACAACUUUUUUUCGCAAACUUUUUCCAUCAAAAAACUUUGUUUUUAUGUUUAUUGUUGAGUAUUACAACUUAAUUCUCGUAAAACUUUUCUCCUUGUAGUAUUACACAUUUAUUUUUAAAAUUUCCCAUCAAAAUACUACAUCCUUAUUCUGAUAAAAUUACAGCCUUUUUUUCAUAGCAUUAUAGCACUUGCGUCUUUAUUCUUGUAAAAUUUCAACAUUAUUGUCAUAAAUGUACUUUUUCCCCCUUGUACUGUUGCAUUCUUCUUGCAGAACAGCUUCAUUCUUGUGAAUUUUCAGCUUUCUUUCUUGUAGCGUUACAACUUUAUUUCCAAGAUUUAUGUUUUUUUCAUCAAAAUACUACACCUUUAUUCAAAAAAAAUUUCAACCUUUUUUUCUUGUAGCAUUAUGACAUUUUUCUCAAAAUUGUACAACUAUAUUGUCAUAAAUUUACACCUCACCCCCCCAUACAAUGACAACAUUUUUCUCGCAGAAAUAUAACUCCAUUCUUGCAAACGUACAACUUAUUUUAAACAAAAUAUACAACUUCACUGUUAUAUUUUUUUAGUUGUAGUGUUAACGAAGCAAUUCUCUCAAAAAUUCAACCUUUUUCUUGUAGUAGUGCAACUUUCAACAAGAGGUUUUUUUUCAUUUAAAUUACACAACCUUUUUUCUUGUGCCAUGACUUUUUUCUCCAAAUUGUACAAAAUUAUUCUUGUAAAAUUACAACUUUUUAGGACAUAAAUCUGCACCUUUUUUUCCUCGUACGAUUCAAUUUUUCUUGCAGAAAUAUAACCUUUAUUUUGUUUUUGUGAGACGUUUUUUAACUAAAAUAUUACAACUUUAUUCUUAUAUUUUUAUUUGUAGUUUUACGACAUUUCUAGAAAAAAAUGUUUUACUUUCUCAGUCACAACUGUUUAAAAAAAAACCCCAUCAUAACAUUCUUUCCUAAUACAUGCUCAUAAAUGUACUAUUUGUUUCCCCCCAAAAUAUUAAGAUUUUUUUCCCAUAAAAUUACAACUUAAUUCUCGUAAUAUUUCAAACUUUAUUCUCAUGGCUAUAUGACAGUUUGCUUAAUUCUCAGACUUUGUUCGCGUAAAGUUUUUUUUAUCUUUUUAGUGUGGCCCUAACUUUCUUUUGUAAAUAACACAGCAGCAUUAAAUGCACAUUAUACUUGCCACUUUUUGCCUUUUGGUUGCUUCGUUUUCAUGUAAGCUUCUCACAAUGGAUGAACACAACCUGUCUGCAAAAUGUCCACAUAUUUUAACUAAUAGCAGAGGUCAAAUUUGCUGUAUACAUUACAGUAAAAACAAGAGUCUUUAUCUUAACUUUCAAGUCAUCUCAGGGCACUUUGCACACAGAGCAGGUAUAGCAGCAUCCCUCCAACAGUAACUACAUGAAACGGACCCCUUUGGUAAACAGCUCGGUUGCAAAAAAACAACAUGAUGGUUGCAUUGUUAAUUUGCUUUCAUGGUGUGAAAAUGAACAUUGCACACACAUCACAAGAAGAAAAGUGAACUAUACAAUGGAUGUGUAUUGCUCUGCUAUUUCUUCACACAGCUUGUCAUUAAAUGCCGAUGUUUCAAGCUCACCUCAUUUAAACACACCUGCAAUAUAAGCUUACAUUUUGUGUGCAUAGGUUUUGGCUUAUUUAUUAUGACGGGUCACUGUUAGCCCCUUUUAAUAUUAUAUGAGCAGUGUUUGGGGUUAUGCAUUAGAAAUGAUGAUUUUACAGCUUGUUAGUGAGCACCCUGAUGGUGGUGUUCAAUCAUGAAUUCCUGCAGUGUUAUGUUUCAGUGCUUCUUGGGCAGACUUUGCUAUAUUGUUUGGAUACACGCACUGGCCACAUCAUUAAGAACACCUGCACCUUCCAAUUACAUUCAAUAGAGAUUUGUUUUUAUAUACACUCUUGUUGUGCAGGUGUACCUAAUGUCAGCAUGUUUUGGCUUCUUAUCUGACUAGCUUCAGAUUGUUUAGCUGGAAAUAGGCAUGGGCAUUUGACUAAAUGAUCAAUUAAGAUAAUGUCAUAUUGAGCCUUCCCAUAGUAGGGUGGAACCCAUUUGUGUCAACAACCGCUUAUAUUGGUGUGAAAAAGUGUUUGCCCCUUCCUGAGUUCUUAUUUUGCAUGUUUGUCACACUUAAAUGUUUCAGAUCAUCAAACUAAUUUAAACAUCAGUCAAUGACAACACCACUGAACAUAAAUUGCAGUUUUUAAAUGAAACUUUUUAGGAUUAAGGGACAAAAAAAAUCCAAACCCAAAGGUUAUAAGGCCAUUUCUGAAGCUUUGGUCCUCCAGCGAACCACAGUGAGAGCCAUUAUCAAAAUGACCCCAAGAGCGCAGCGACGACUCAUCCAAGAGGUCACAAAAGACCCCACAACUACAUCCAAAGAACUGCAGGCCUCACUUGCCCCGGUUGAGGUCAGUGUCAUGACAAGCAAGACCACCUCUGAAUGGCUGAAGAAAAAACAAAUGAAGACUUUGGAGUGGCCUAGUCAAAGUCCUGAUCUGAAUCCUAUUGAGAUGCUGUGGCAUGACCUUAAAAAGGCGCUUCAUGCUGGAAAACCCUCCAAUGUGGCUGAAUGACAACAAUUCUGCAAAGAUGAGUGGGCCAAAAUUCCUCCACAGCGCUGUAAGAGACUCAUUGCAAGUUAUCACAAACGCUUGAUUGCAGUUGUUGCUGCUAAGGGUGGCCCAACCACUUAUUAGGUUUAGGGGGAAAUCACUUUGGAUUUUCUUUUCUCCCUUAAAAAUAAAGUUUCAUUUAAAAACUGCGUUUUGUGUUCAGCGGCAUUGUCAUUGACUGAUAUUUAAAUUUGUUUGAUGAUAAGGAAGGGGGCAAACACCUUUUCACACCAAUGUAUGUUUACAUCAAGGGGUUCCAGUCUACUUGUUUAAACAUUAAACUAGAUGAGACUGGUAACAGCGCCACUGCUGGUUGUAUCCAGUUAGUGCAGGUCAUAUAUACAGUAGCUUCAGUUGCAUCAAGACAGUAUAUCAGCAAUGAAUUGAGAAUUCUCAGUGAUGAAUAAAAGGAUGAUAAUGCCCAUCCCGAUAGGGGAGAACAUUGCUCAGACAGCAGCGACACUUGAAUCCAUCGCCUCUCAUCCGCUUGCUCAAGCAGGUAAACAUUUGGUCUAAAGAUAAGCUGUUCUCCGCAUGUCAGGUUUUAACACAAAAUACUUUGUAAUGUUUUGUAUGCCAUGUAUUUUUUUUUAUUAUUGACAAAUAAAACAAUGGAAAAAGAAAC